AUGUCGAGUGGUGGGUGGAAUGUGAAUGCGGCAGCAUUCGUACCCAAUGUGAACGCACGACCGUUUGUGCCCGGUCAGCCAUACAUUCCGUCGGAGCCUGUUCCACCACCAGCAUCAGCUCCUGCUGAACCUCCAGCAGAAGAAUGGGAUGCUGAAGUGCCGGAUGCUCCCGUAGAAGAAGUACAGCAAGAUGUGCCUGUUGUUGCUUCUGAACCUGAACCAGAAGUUAAGGCCGAACCUGUUGUAGACACAUUAGAAGAAGCUGUCGGUGAUGAAGAUAAGGAUGCUUCAGAAGCUAGUGACGCAAUAGCUCCUCUAGCAAAGAAGUUUGAACGUAUCGCAUAUGUUGACGAUGGAACACAUAAGGAGCAUGUCAAUAUGGUAUUUAUUGGACACGUCGAUGCGGGUAAAUCAACUAUUGGAGGGCAACUUAUGUAUCUUACUGGAAUGGUCGACAAGCGAACUCUGGAGAAAUAUGAACGAGAAGCGAAAGAAAAGGGUCGUGAGAGUUGGUAUUUGUCAUGGUGUAUGGACACCAACGAAGAAGAGCGGGAGAAAGGAAAAACGGUAGAAUGUGGUCGUGCAUAUUUCGAAACGGAGAAGAAACAUUUCACGAUUUUGGACGCACCCGGACACAAAAGUUUCGUGCCGAACAUGAUCAGUGGAGCAACACAAGCGGAUUUGGCUGUUCUGGUCAUUUCCGCACGUAAGGGAGAGUUUGAAACUGGAUUUGAUCGAGGAGGUCAAACGAGAGAACACGCUAUGUUGGUGAAAACAGCCGGUGUUCGUCAUUUAGUUAUUCUCGUUAACAAAAUGGAUGACCCAACUGUGAAAUGGGAUGAAGCUAGGUUCAACGAAAUCCAGGGAAAACUCACCCCAUACCUUCGUAAAUGUGGUUUUAAUCCGAAAACUGAUAUGACUUACAUUCCCGUUUCUGGACUGACUGGUGCUUUUAUUAAAGACAGGCCAAACUGCGACCAGGGAGGAUGGUAUAGCGGUCCGUGUUUCAUCGAUUACAUCGACAACCACCUUGUCUCAAUGACUCGUGACUAUAAUGGUCCUGUUCGAUGUAUUGUUGUUGAUAAGUUCUCUGAUAUGGGUACCCUAAUUAUUGGCAAAAUGGAGUCUGGUGUAGUCGUCAAAGGCCAGAAUUUGAUACUAAUGCCGAACAAACAAUCUGUGCAAGUGAUUCAAAUUUGGUCAGACGAUGUGGAGACUGAUCGCGUGGUUUCUGGAGAUAAUGUGAAGUUCAAAUUGAAAGGAAUUGAAGAGAACGAAAUUCAGUCUGGAUUUAUCAUUUGUUCGCCAGAUGCACUGUGUAAAGUUGGCCGCGUGUUCGACGCUGAGGUUGUUAUUUUGGAGCACAAAUCCAUCAUAGCUUCUGGAUAUACAUGUGUUCUUCAUAUUCAGUCAGCAGUGGAAGAGGUUGCUGUGAAGAUGGUUAUCUGUACCAUUGACAAGAAAACUGGCGUUAAGAAAAAGUCGAGAUUCGUUCGACAAGACGAGAAGUGCAUAAUGAGGCUUGAAAGCACGGAAGCGUUCUGUCUCGAACCCUUCAAGGAACUACCUCAGCUGGGUCGUUUCACGUUGCGUGAUGAGGGACGUACCAUUGCCAUUGGAAAGAAUGCGACAAUUCACCAAUCGAUAGUUCAUCGCGAGAAAUGGAUAGCUAACGCUUCUCGGAUGAACCAACGACAAGCUGUGAUCGCACUCUACAGACAGUUGUAUCAUUUGGGGAAAGACUAUCCAAGAGGAAAAGACUGGUUCCACCCUAGGUUGAAGGCUGCAUUUCUGAAGCAUAAAAAUGAAACUGAUCCGGAAAAGAUCGAAGCGUUGAUUAAUAGGGCGGAAUUUGUGGUGAAGGAAAUCGAAGCGCUCUACACCCUUCGGAAAUAUCGUGCGAUGAAAAGCAGAUAUUAUGAUGACAAAAAAAGCUCGAGAAACUUCGUUAUGAGGAAGACUAAGGGCUACUAUCAGAAAUGUUUGGAUGAAGGUAUUAAAAGAACUCCUGAAGUUUAUUUGGAGCUUGAAAAGCUUAGUGAUUGCUUGAAUGCUACCUUGCUUAUCGCUGGGAAAGUUGUGCUGUAUGGGACCGAAUUGCUUCGAUUCGCAUUGCCGCGCGAAAGUGGCUGUGAUGUUCUACCAUCAUUAAUGCGAUGCUUUAUCCAGCGACUUCCUCUAAACUACUCCAUGUUCUUUAUUGGCAGCUCUCCUUUUAUGAUAUCUAUCGAGCGUUCAAUUUCGACUAUCAAAAUUUCUAAAUACGAAGAAAACAGAGCGAUUGGACCAAUACUUGUUGUCUUACAGGUCAUUCUUGUCGCAUUUCUUGUCUUCAUACUUUACUACAAUACGGUUUUCUCGGAUAGAAUAAUCUAUUAUUGCUUGGCGACAAAAGCAGGGUCUCCAUGGUUUUCGUACUCCACAUUCGGUAUCCUUGCUAUCAUGCAAAUAUCAGCUGUGAUCAUUUUAUACGCACUAAAGCGCAUCAACGGCAGAGUCGCCGUUCAUCUGCAGAGUAACCCAGAUCUGCGAGCACGUUACGAUGUGAAUGAAAACUUGAGGACAAUAACAAUCGUGUUCCCAUUUUGUGCAGCAACGUGUAUUUGCACUAGUACCUUCUUUGCUGUUCUCAUUUGUGUCAUUGCUAACAGCAGUGCAUUCGACUAUCCGACGUUGUAUACGCUCAUUGAUGGAAGUCUCCUUCUACCGGAAUUCGCGCUUUCUGUGCCAGUUAUCAUUGAUCGAAUGAGCAAAAAAGUUGCAGAAGCGAAGCGAACCACCUUUCAACAUCAUAUGUCCACUACGAUUGACUGCGUAGGAAAUUCGUAUUUCUCCACAAUUGCAGAAUCUUGGGCAGUGAAGGAAGGACCGGAGAGAAGUGUUAAGAAAAUACAAUGUCGUUCCGUACUUCAUCGCCAACAAAUGACUUCACGAAACAUGCGGACUGAUGAAGGGAAGCCAGCAAGUGAAAGGAAUCGAGCAACUACUGCUCCGAACACCACUGAAGACCAAACAAGACCGAUUGUAUUCGAUGUUGUUAAAAUAUGCUUGUAA